CAGCCAGCGCGUUCUGGUGGAUGUCGGCCAUGGCAGCUUGUCUUCAUGAUGCGGCGGAAGUACUGGGCACUUGCUGUGCUGUGCGCGAGCCUGGUAUUCUUGCUCUACAAUCGCUCCUUUAACAUAUGCUCCACGGGGCUUUGCAGCGACCGACGCAUUCAGCCAGUGCGGCCUGUGCAGGCGGCAGAGACACUUCCCGCCACGACGACACGGGACCCCACGCCGAAAAGCUGUUUACCAGCCGGCAUGCGCGUUGCAAGAACGUCUGCUGGCUUUGACAUGGUAGUUCUGGAGAAGGACGACAUCGUGUCCAACGAUAUUUACACGAAGCACGAGUGGGAAAUCGCGAGAACUGAAGAUAUGGCCAGAAGAGCAGGGACGACGCUGCCGCCGGGUGGAACUUUUCUGGACAUUGGCGCAAACAUCGGCUACUACACGCUGCUUUUCGCGCAGAAAGGCUUCAAUGUGAUAGCAGUGGAGGCCAUGACACGGAAUCGGCAGGCCAUUAUGGGCAGCCUUUGCUUGAACCCGCAGCUGCAGGAACGAGUGACCAUCGUACCUGCUGCAUUGGUGGCACCCUGGGAAGUGGACAAGGGUCAUUGUGUCGUAAAAAGCACAAACUACAAAGUGAACAUUGGCAAUGGCUUUCUGAAUUGCAAGCAGGGCGAGAGCUGUCAGAGUGGAGAUGAGAAUUGCCAAACGGUGCCCGUGAAGACACUGGACACGGUACUCGAAGAUUUGGCCCCAUCAUCCGUGGAUGUGGUAAAGAUGGAUGUCGAGGUGUAUGAGUGCCACGUGCUUGCCGGCGGUGGUUCCUUGUUCGCACACUUCCAGCCAAAGCUUCUGCAGAUUGAGACGGCGUGGGGCAAUACCAGUGCAUGCGUGCAUGAGCAAGCUGAGAAACAUGGGUAUAGAGAACAGAAGUUUGGUGGUGACACUGCAAUGGUACGAAUUGGCCACGAGGCGCCAGAAUUGCAACAAGCGCCCGCAGACAUUGGCACCAGCACACAAGCAAGUUCUUCCACGACGUUGGACCCUGCUCCGAUUUUUAAACAGAGCGUAAUUUCGACCAGUACUUUGUCGGCCACACCAGCAGGAAUUUCUGACUCUAUGCGCAACAUGUGUGUGCCAGCCGGCAUGCGUGUAGCGGCAGUUUCUGCUGGCUUCGACAUGGUUGUUUUUUCCGAAGAUGACUUGGUCUCUUCUGAAAUUGUGGCCACGCAAAGAUGGGAGAUUGACAACCUGGAGCAGAUGGCCAGCAAAGCAGGGACGACGCUGCCGCCAGGUGGAACUUUUUUGGACAUUGGCGCGAACCUCGGCUACUACACGUUGCUUUUCGCGCAGAAAGGCUUCAAUGUGAUAGCAGUGGAGGCCAUGACACGGAAUCGGCAGGCUAUUAUGGGCAGCCUUUGCUUGAACCCGCAGCUGCAGGAACGAGUGACCAUCGUACCUGCUGCAUUGGUGGCACCCUGGGAGGCCUUCGGGCGCUGCGUGAUCCAGGCCACCCCGCACCGGCAGUCCAGCGGGCAGCUGCUCUGCCCCAAGACCUGCCCCGACGCGGACUGCGAGGAGGUGGCGCUGGAGACCCUGGACGCGGUGCUGGCGCGGCUGAAGCCGCAAGGAGUAGCAGUCGCUAAAAUAGAUAUUGAUCUCUGCCGGGUGCUUGCUGGGGGUGAGUCGCUCUUUCAGUACCAUCCCAAGAUCCUGCAGAUACAAACCGGGCAGGCGAAAUGUGCACUCGCAGUCGCUGUCAAGCAUGGGUACCAUGCCCUGCAGGGGGGGGCCAUGCUGGUGGAUGUCGGGACAGAUGUGCCUCACAGCGACGCGAUCUCGACAGUGAGCCAAGCUGGCAGUCCUGCCCUGGACAGGCUGACAAAGUGCAGGCCGCCCGGCAUGCGCGUUGCCAGCACGUCUGCUGGCUUUGACAUGGUGGUUCUGGAGAAGGACGACAUCGUGUCCAACGAUAUUUACAUGAAGCACGAGUGGGAAAUUGCGAGACCUGAAGAUAUGGCCAGAAGAGCAGGGACGACGCUGCCGCCGGGUGGAACUUUUCUGGACAUUGGCGCAAACAUCGGCUACUACACGCUGCUUUUCGCGCAGAAAGGCUUCAAUGUGAUAGCAGUGGAGGCCAUGACACGGAAUCGGCAGGCCAUUAUGGGCAGCCUUUGCUUGAACCCGCAGCUGCAGGAACGAGUGACCAUCGUACCUGCUGCAUUGGUGGCACCCUGGGAAGUGGACAAGGGUCAUUGUGUCGUAAAAAGCACAAACUACAAAGUGAACAUUGGCAAUGGCUUUCUGAAUUGCAAGCAGGGCGAGAGCUGUCAGAGUGGAGAUGAGAAUUGCCAAACGGUGCCCGUGAAGACACUGGACACGGUACUCGAAGAUUUGGCCCCAUCAUCCGUGGAUGUGGUAAAGAUGGAUGUCGAGGUGUAUGAGUGCCACGUGCUUGCCGGCGGUGGUUCCUUGUUCGCACACUUCCAGCCAAAGCUUCUGCAAAUUGAGACGGCGUGGGGCAAUACCAGUGCAUGCGUGCAUGAGCAAGCUGAGAAACAUGGGUAUAGAGAACAGAAGUUUGGUGGUGACACUGCAAUGGUACGAAUUGGCCACGAGGCGCCAGAAUUGCAACAAGCGCCCGCAGACAUUGGCACCAGCACACAAGCAAGUUCUUCCACGACGUUGGACCCUGCUCCGAUUUUUAAACAGAGCGUAAUUUCGACCAGUACUUUGUCAACCACACCAGCAGGAAUCUCUGACUCUAUGCGCGACAUGUGUGUACCAGCUGGCAUGCGUGUAGCGACAGUUUCUGCUGGCUUCCACAUGGUCGUUCUGAAAAGCAAGGAUAUUGUGUCUCAAGAGAUUUAUUCUUUUCACCAUUGGGAAGUCAACGAUGCAGAGCACAUGGCCAGAAGAGCAGGGACGACGCUGCCGCCGGGUGGAACUUUUCUGGACAUUGGCGCGAACAUCGGCUACUACACGCUGCUUUUCGCGCAGAAAGGCUUCAAUGUGAUAGCAGUGGAGGCCAUGACACGGAAUCGGCAGGCCAUUAUGGGCAGCCUUUGCUUGAACCCGCAGCUGCAGGAACGAGUGACCAUCGUACCUGCUGCAUUGGUGGCACCCUGGGAAGUGGACAAGGGUCAUUGUGUCGUAAAAAGCACAAACUACAAAGUGAACAUUGGCAAUGGCUUUCUGAAUUGCAAGCAGGGCGAGAGCUGUCAGAGUGGAGAUGAGAAUUGCCAAACGGUGCCCGUGAAGACACUGGACACGGUACUCGAAGAUUUGGCCCCAUCAUCCGUGGAUGUGGUAAAGAUGGAUGUCGAGGUGUAUGAGUGCAACGUGCUUGCCGGCGGUGGUUCCCUGUUCACACACUUCCAUCCAAAGCUUCUGCAGAUUGAGACGGCGUGGGGCAACGCCAGCCACUGUGUACAAGCGGCAGCCUUACAGUACGGUUAUUCGACAAAGAAGGUUGCUGGCGACACAGCAAUGGUUUCGAAGCCGCUUUAAGGCAAUCGUAGGCGCAUGGAACACCCAUAGGGUUUUGCGCGCUACUGGGUUGCACUGCCCUUGCAUGCUUGCUUGCUCUAGCGUCACAAGCUGCGCAG